AUGGCCGAUCAGGACCCUGGGGGCAUCAGCCCCCUCCAGCAGAUGGUGGCCUCAGGCGCCGGGGCUGUGGUCACCUCCAUCUUCAUGACCCCCCUGGACGUGGUGAAGGUCCGCCUGCAGGCUCAGCGUCCCUCAGUGACCAGCGAACUGACGCCUCCCUCCAGGCUCUGGAGCCUCUCUUUCACCAAAUGGAAGUGCCUCCUCUACUGCAACGGUGUCCUGGAACCCCUGUACCUGUGCCCCAAUGGUGCCCGCUGCGCCACCUGGUUUCAGGACCCCACUCGCUUCACUGGCACUGUGGACGCCUUUGUGAAGAUUGUGAGACACGAGGGCACCAGGACCCUGUGGAGCGGCCUUCCAGCCACCCUGGUGAUGACUGUGCCAGCAACCGCCAUCUACUUCACGGCCUAUGACCAACUCAAGGCCUUCCUGUGUGCUCGAGCCCUGACCUCUGACUUCUAUGCACCCAUGGUGGCUGGUGCAUUGGCCCGCUUGGGCACCGUGACUGUGAUAAGCCCCCUGGAACUGGUACGGACAAAGCUGCAGGCUCAGCACGUGUCAUACCGGGAGCUGGGCGCCUGUGUCCGAACCUCCGUGGCCCAGGGCGGCUGGCGCUCGCUGUGGCUGGGCUGGGGCCCCACUGCUCUUCGGGAUGUGCCCUUCUCAGCCCUGUAUUGGUUCAACUAUGAGCUGGUAAAGAGCUGGCUGACUGGGCGCAGGCCAAAGGACCAGACAUCAGUGGGCAUCAGCUUUGUGGCUGGUGGCAUCUCAGGAACGGUGGCUGCCAUCUUGACUCUACCCUUCGACGUGGUGAAGACGCAGCGCCAGGUUGCGCUGGGAGCCGGGGAGGCUGUGAGAGUGUCACCUGUGCCCGCCGACUCCACCUGGCUGCUGCUGCGGAGGAUCCGGGCCGAGUCCGGCACCAGGGGCCUCUUUGCAGGCUUCCUGCCAAGGAUCAUCAAGGCCGCCCCCUCCUGUGCCAUCAUGAUCAGCACAUACGAGUUGGGCAAAAGCUUCUUUCAGAGGCUCAACCUGGAACAGUCUCUGAGCCAGUGA